AUGGCAAAAAUUCUGAGCUGUUGCCCCUGGCUUCUGAUACUUGUUAUCAGCACCAACUCACAGCCUUCGACAAAGUUACUCACCGAGAAGUUGCCCAUUUUCCAGCCUCGAGGGCAGGCUGGUGGUGUUUUGUGUCCUUCCUUUUGUGAGUGCAGUAAGGAGGUGCCCGACCAUCGCUCUAUCGACCGCCAGAAGCAUAGAUCAACCACGUCAACUGGCCUCUACGUGGCAGAGUGCCACCUGGCGGCGGGAAACUUGCCAAUCGAGUGCAACCACAAUUGGAAUAGUCUCAAGCUUAACCUAUACAAUCACUCCUCGGGGUCUUUGUCGCCGUGGAUCGAUAGUGGGUCAAGUCCACACAUGAGUCACCUGGUUUCCUGUCACGAACUCUCAAGUCUUUACGUCACACAGACAGGGGACAAUGCCGUUUCUCUUUCCUUUCAGGCCCUUCUCUACGGUCUGACGAAUCUGCGCCGAGUAUGGUUCCAUCGGAUAGGACUAGACUUUGAUCUAGAUGGUCCCUCAAAUUUGCUCUACAUUGCACCGAAGACUGAACUGAUCGCCUUCUCAGAUGCUCCACUCAAUUUGGACGCCAGGAAGCCCCUGUUCCUAGAUACCCCAGCAAGUCUUAGACAGCUCCGACUAAGUAAUGUCAGCCUAGCUGGGGUGUUUUCCAAGCACCUGUUAGUUAACCUUUGUCACACCUUGGGAGGUGCUCCCAGAACGAAUGACCUCGUGACGCUCUACCUCGACCGAAAUGCCAUAAACUCGUUGCAGAGUGACAGCCUUGUGGGAUGCGAACAUCUGAGAGUGCUUCAACUGUCUUUCAACAAACUAUCAGGAAGUUUGGAAAGUGUCCUUGGCAUGAGGGACCCUGAAAGACAGGAUGUUUGGUCUCAUCGACAGACUCGACUUAGAGCUCCCCAGAUGCUUAAGACGAUAGGCCAGAGCGUCCUGGCCAAUACACCACGUCUGCAGACAUUGGAUCUCUCCGGCAACUUCAUUUCCAGCAUCAACAGCCCGUUGUGGGCCUUUUAUAUGCACGAAGACAGGCUUCAAUCUCUUGAGGUGCUUCAGAGUCUGUCGCUUUCUAACAACAAUCUCACCUUCCUCGCCAGAGGUGCAUUUCAAGGGGCCGCGAGCCUUAAGGAGAUUGACCUCUCUCGAAACCCCCACCUAUUUUCUCCUGUAGAGAUUCCAAACCCAGACUUUCACUCAUUUAUCGAUCCCACAAUUUUCGGGGGUCUAAAACUCCUCAAAAAGCUGUACUGGGAUUUUUCUUCGAAAACCUGUCUCCUCAGUGCACUGAGUGUGAUCACAGACUAUGGCGAAUUAUCAACAGGCCUGUUCGAACUUUUCUCUCGUGCCGUCCUUUGCUCCACAGGGGAACCAACAGACACGGUCCCCUCUCCCACUCCUCAAGUGCGUUCUUCUCUGGCGAUCGAUUCCGCAAGACAACCCCCUAACCGAUGGAGAAUACCGCCGGAAGUGGAGAAAAUACCACUCAGUAAGCCAGGCAGUGACGGUAGUCAACUGGGUGUGGAGGAGAGCUGGGCUCCCAUUGAUAUCGCCUCCAGUUUCCUCUGCGUCUUGAUUGGCGUUCUCCUUGUAGUUCUUGUCGUCGUGCUUGUCGUGCGCAGUCGUUCUUCGAACAGACGUAAUCGUGCCUGCUGUGCGAACUCACGCAAUUCAAACAAACCACCCAACGCGUCUGCUCGUUCACUAUCCGCUGAACCCCCUAUCCCCUGUCCCCCCUCGCCCUCUAUCCUCCGUGGCGGUGGCGAGCAGCAGAACACUCUGAGACAUCAUCAUCAUCACGCGUCCUCCCUGUGGGCUCUGAAUUCCCCCAGUAGUUCUCUCAGACCUCGGAUCACGCUUUCAGACUGCUCGGACAGAACUUCUUCCGUCCGGAUAAAUAAUGACAGAAGUCUCCUUCUUGCCUCGCCAGAUCAGGCGCCGCCUUCUCACCAGCUCAACAACAACACCGUUACAACAGGACUGCCUAAUGGCACACUACUGCGUAGUUUCAGCGUCCAAAAUCUCUGUCUGGCCUGUCUGGAACAAGUCCAGCAGGGCGGCUCUGGCGCUGGCGACGGUAACCCUGACAACCCGACGCUCGGAAGGAAUUUCGGCCUUCUUAAGGAGCAGGGACAUGGGGCCUCUUGUCGGACUUCCGAUUUCUGGCAGGUGGGUUGGAAGUGCCACGGCGCGAGCGACGCUUUUGAGUCCACGGACGCGGAGGAGGGCGAAGCACGUCAGUGGUUGGGCACCACCAGUGAUGGCUGGGCGGGCGAGGGGGGCACAGGGAGGCACGUUUUGGUCAGACAGAAGUCCGCCAAGGACCCUGGCUGCUGCGGAGACUUGCGCGCGGGGGAGAACUUCGAGGACACAGAGGGCACACGGGUACUGCUAGACGAGGAAUCGAGGGCGGUGCCCUACACAGGCUGCAGUCGUAAACAUUACGUCAGAAGGAGCACGACGGGUCUCUUUGCCACUCCCGUCUGGCGUCUGGCGAGAGUCUAA